CACCGUUUAGAUACUGUCAAACUGUUGUGCCAUCAAAACAAAACCCGACCGCAAAUUUUUCGCAGAGUGCGUCUUAACGAUUUUAAUUUUUUUCUGAGCGCUUUCUUGUUGUUUCUAAUUUUACCAUAUUUCGGGACUUUCUCCCCUCAGAUACGCAGAUCGAUAUGUUUGGCGCAACUACGGCCCCCCAAAAUCCGAUGAAGGAUUUCGAGGUGACCUCCCCGCCGGACGAUACCGUUUCGGCGAUGGAAUUCAGUCCGGCUACGCUGCAGCAGAAUUUUCUAAUCGCCGGCAGCUGGGAUUGUAGCGUGCGCUGCUGGGAGGUGGAACAGAGUGGUAAAACGGUGGGAAAAUCGAUUAAAACCAUGGGUGGCCCGGUGCUGGAUGUUUGCUGGGCAGACGACGGGAGCAAGGUUUUCAUCGCGUCCGCUGAUAAGCAGGUGAAAUGCUGGGAUCUAGCUUCCGAUCAGAUUGUCCAAGUGGCCCAGCAUGAGGCUCCCAUCAAAACAUGCCACUGGGUCAAGGGAACCAAUUACACUUGUCUGAUGACGGGCUCGUGGGAUAAGACGCUUAAAUUCUGGGACACCCGGACGCCACAGCCCAUGAUGUCGAUUCAGCUCCCAGAGCGAUGCUAUUGCGCUGAUGUGGACUAUCCGAUGGCCGUCGUUGGAACGGCUGGCCGACAUGUGUUGAUAUACUCACUGGAAAACAAACCAACCCAAUUUAAGCAACAGGAAAGUCCGCUCAAAUAUCAGCACCGAACCGUUUCAAUUUUCCGCGAUAAGAAAAAGUCCCCAACAGGAUAUGCGCUGGGUUCGAUUGAGGGUCGUGUGGCAAUUCAGUACGUCAAUCCACUCAAUCCGAAGGAUAAUUUCACCUUCAAAUGCCACCGUUCGAAUGGUGCCACUGGAUAUCAGGAUAUAUACGCAGUGAAUGACAUUGCUUUCCACCCGGUGCAUGGAACACUCGCAACCGUUGGAUCGGAUGGAACAUUCAGCUUCUGGGAUAAAGAUGCCCGGACAAAGCUAAAAUCUUCGGAUCCGAUGGAUCAAUCUAUCACCAAGUGUUGCUUCAACGCAAAUGGACAGAUCUUCGCAUAUACCGUUGGAUAUGAUUGGUCGAAAGGACACGAAUACAACAAUCCCCAAAAGAAAACAUACAUUUUCCUGCGAUCCUGCUACGAAGAGUUGAAACCACGGGCCACCAACUAAGUUUCCAAAAUACUUGAUCCCGGAUAGUAACUACCACCACAAGUAUAUAACCAAUAAAAACAAUUUAAACACUGUUUAGC